AUGGCUGACGCCGAAGAAGAUUACUCCUCUCUCCCUCUACCAGAUCGCUUCACACACAAGGUCUGGAAAGCGAGGAAAGGAGGAUACGAAGAUGCUGCCAAACAGUUUGAAAAGACACCCGAUGAAUCAGACCCCGUGUUCGCUCCCUUUUUACAAGAUCCGUCGCUGUGGAAAGGCGCUGUUGCCGAUUCGAAUGUCGCUGCUCAACAAGAAGGUUUAGCAGCGUAUUGCGCGUUUUUGAAAUAUGGAGGUGUGCAAGCUUGUACAAGAUCGCGAGGCGCUACGGUCUCCGCUAUCGCCGAAAAGGCCCUUCCAUCAGCACGUCCUGCCGCAAAAGCAAAUGCACUAGAAGCUCUACUCCUACUCAUAGAACUUGAUAAAGCAGAUCCCGUCAUCGAAGACUUGUUACCUAUCUUAUCUGCGAAGCAACCCAAAUCUGUCGCUGCAGGACUCAAUGCUAUUACAGCCAUAUAUCACAACUACGGAUGCAAGAUCGUUGACCCAAAACCCGUCCUUAAAAUUUUACCAAAAGUUUUUGGUCAUGCCGACAAGAAUGUUCGCGCAGAAGCACAAAAUCUUACCGUGGAGCUGUACCGAUGGCUCAAGGAAGCCAUGAAACCGGUAUUUUGGGGCGAGCUGAAACCAGUGCAACAGCAAGAUUUGGAUAAAUUGUUUGAGAAGGCCAAGGAAGAGGCCCCUCCAAAGCAAGAGCGAUUGACGAGAGCACAGCAGGAGGCGAUGGCUUCUGCUCCGGCUGCCGGUGAGGACGAUGCAGGUGGAGAAGCUGGGGAAGAUUAUGGGGAGGAUGAUGGUGAAAUGGAACCCCUCGAUCUCGCAGAACCGGUGGAUGUCAUGCCGAAAGUACCGAAAAAUCUACACGAACAGCUGAGUUCUACAAAGUGGAAGGAUAGGAAAGAAUCUUUAGACGAACUAUAUAAUGCGCUCAAUGUUCCUCGAAUUCAGGAAGCGCCAUUCGACGAGAUUGUCAAGGCGCUCGCAAAGUGCAUGAAGGACGCGAAUAUUGCAGUUGUUACAGUUGCUGCCAACUGUGUGGAUUUGCUUGCCAAGGGUCUACGUUCAGGAUUCGCAAAAUACCGUUCAAUAAUCAUGUCACCCAUCAUGGAGCGCCUGAAGGAGAAGAAGCAAUCGGUUGCUGAUGCGUUGGGACAAGCUCUGGAUGCUGUGUUCGCUUCCACUGGUCUUUCGGAAUGCCUUGAGGAAAUUUUCGAAUUUUUAAAACACAAAAACCCCCAGGUGAAGCAGGAAACGGUGAAGUUUCUAGUCAGGUGCCUCCGAACAACGCGUGAUGUACCCUCAAAGCCUGAAGUGAAGUCAAUAGCUGAAGCGGCAAUCAAGUUACUCACCGAAUCGAGCGAAGUUGUACGAUCAGGCGCCGCCGAAAUUCUAGGAACCCUGAUGAAGAUUAUGGGUGAACGAGCGAUGAAUCCUUAUCUUGACGGCCUAGACGACAUCAGGAAGGCCAAGAUCAAGGAAUACUUUGAUACAGCGGAAGUGAAGGCCAAGGACCGACCUAAGCCUAUCAUCGCACCUCCUAAACCCGCCGUUCCAGCUGCGAAGAAGGCUGCACCAGGCUCAAAGAAACCUGCCCUCGGAUUGAAAAAGUCUGCCCCUGCUGCUGCACCGCCGCCACCGGUUGAAGAACCAUCUCCGCCUCCUAAACCUAAGGCUGUUCCCAAAUCAGGCCUUGCACGUCCAGGUGGUGUACCCAAGUCGGGGUUGGCUACUCCAGGUGGUGGGCUAAAGAUGCAACGACGUAUUCCUGGUGUUGGCGGCGCUGCAGCCGGAUCCCCUCGACGUGUAUCAUCGCCACCUCCAGACGAACCCGCGCCCGCACCACCGCCAGCGCAGCCCAAGUUCGGUUUAGGACGAGGACUAACUGGACGACCGAUCAGCAAAACUGCGGCGCCUGCAGAGGCGGCACCUGUUGCUGCACCUGUGAUGUCUGGUCUCGCAGCCGUUGAGCGGGCUGAACUAGAGGAGCUCCGUCUCGAGAAAGAGCGCCUCUUGAAGAUAAAUGAAGAUCUUAAAUCAGAAAAGACCAGGCUCUCCUCGCAAGUGACGGAGCUUCAAAAUCAAAACGCACAACUUAUUGAGGACCAUACCCGUGAUGUGUUAAGCAUAAAGGCCAAAGAAACACAAUUGGUUCGUGCUCGUAGCGAUGCGGAGACCGCAGAACAAACAGUGCAGAAACAACAACGCGAGAUUGACCGACUCAAGCGUGAAUUAACUCGAGCUGUUCGUGCAUCAGCAGUGAGUCCCCCGGCAGUAUUAUCAGAUGGACUCCAUGCUGGUGUCUCCGACAACGGUCCAUUAUCACCAGAAACAGGUACCUAUAGUAGCAACGGCUCUCGCGCUGGCCACUAUAUGGGCUCGCGAUUGGAUAACCGACCACGAAGCUACAUCUCUAGUCCUAGUGAAGACAAAGAGAACAAUGGCUUCGGCUCGCCCACCGCCGAAACACAUCUUGACUCAACAUUUGGCCGCCGGAAAUUCAGUCCACCCGUCGGACAAAGUCUUUCAAGUAGAGGCAGCCCAGUCCGAGCAACGUCUCGCUACGCAUCUGCUAGUAGCAAUCACAGUGGCGAAGAUCAACCAUCGAUAACGAGUCGAUCAGCCGAGCCAGCUGAGAAUUGGAAACGAGCGGCUGAAGUGACGAGUCAAUUGAAAGCUAGAAUUGAGCAGAUGAAGGCUCGACAAGGUCUCACCCGCCCUCCACCAUCAGCUCAUUCAUAGAGGCAAUGAUAGCAUAAUAUAUCUGGUCUCGAUAUCAUCAAACUACCCGGAAGAAGAUACCCCCGUGUAAUGACUUUUACGACUGGAAUUCUUGUGUUUUUCCUCCUUUCAUUGUUUAGCAAAUUGUUUUACUAAAUGCAAUGGGGCUUUUCUUCACUCUCGCUCGCUCUUGCUCGAAUAAUAUCAUCUCUGGUCAGUCUGAGUCUGAUGCUUUUAACUUUGCUGGUGUUCGGCUAUUUUUCUCCUAUAUCGUAUCUAAUUGAAUUCUCCAGUGGUAUCAUUAUGGAGUUUGUGGACUGUAUAUACAUACCUCUUGCUUUUUCAUACAUCGGCUAAAUAUCAGUUACGCCCGCGAAUCAAAAUGUACUACUAUAC